UUUCAACCCAACAUUGCUUUUGUGCAUGCAUUGUGCUGGAUGGAGAGUAGGAUCUUUGUAGAAUUGCCAUGGGGUUCGGCAGGGCCAGCAACAGAUAAUCGAAGGCACUGAGUGUUAUCCUCUAUGGGCAGUGAUUCUGCACUUUGAACGCCCCUGCUCUGCGCUUAGUAAGGAUACAGAGUGGUCCUUACAGCCCCACCUACUGCCACAGGAUGCAGCAUCAUCCUCAGCACUGAGAUUCAGAGGCAGAUGAUCCUUGUAUAGAAAGCUAACUGGAGAAUCUUACAUUUUUAUUUAGGCAUAGCUGCAGCUGAAACAUUAGAAAACCCAAUUCUCCAUGAGAUGAUCAGUAGUAUAGCAGCCUAUACCAGGAUGCAAAGUAGGAAAUAGCAGUGGAGGCAUAGCUGUGGCCAGAUGUAUAGUAUCAUGCUGAUUUAAUGGACAGCCUGCACAGGACAUGAUGAAGACCCUAUACAACUUAAUGGGUAAGAACACAAAGAUCCCAGAGUUUUAAGUUUACAGGUGUUCCCCUUGAUUAUAUGAAUACAGACAUUGUGCUCAAAUCAACAUAAUAAUCAACUGGAAUUUAUGAUGGCAAGGCUUCGUCGGAAGGCAUGCAUUGCUCUUUUUCUCUUUACUCUAUUUAUUUUUGGAACCAUGAUGGGCUUGAGAACUUUGAAGCCUUCUGAUGGAUUUUCUGACUUAGCACCUGGUCUGGAGCUUAUGCCAUUUGCUGAACAGCCUGAAAAACGUUCUGCUUCUAGUGAAGUUAUCUCCCACCCCCAGGGAACUGUAAACCCACAAGACCACACUAAUGUGUACAAUGACAUCCACAUUUUCUACUAUAUGUGGUAUGGCAACCCCAAGUUUGAUGGAAAUUACAUUCACUGGGACCAUGUUAUGGUACCUCAUUGGGACCCAAAGAUAUCUGCAAGUUACCCAAAGGGCAGGCACAGCCCCCCAGAAGACAUUGGCUCUAGCUUCUACCCAGAGUUAGGGCCCUACAGUUCCAAAGAUCCAGAGGUUUUGGAAGAACAUAUGAGACAGCUAAGAGCAGCAGCUAUAGGGGUACUUGUACUGUCUUGGUAUCCUCCUGGCACAGCUGAUGAAAAUGGAGAAGCUGUGGAAGACUUAGUUCCCCUUAUUUUGGAGGCUGCCCUCAAGCAUAACAUUAAGGUGGCUUUUCAUAUACAGCCCUACAAAGGGCGAGAUGAUCGCACGCUGCACGAUAACAUUAAGUACAUCAUUGACAACUUUGGAUCCCAUCCUGCAUUUUACAGGUAUAAAACCAGCACCAGCAAAAGCCUGCCACUUUUCUAUAUUUAUGACUCCUACUUGACUCCACCUGAGUCUUGGGCCAACCUCUUGACGCUAACUGGUUCCCACACUGUACGUAACACACCUUAUGAUGCAGUCUUCAUUGGUCUUUUGGUAGAGGAAGGACACAAACAUGACAUACUCACAGCAGGAUACGAUGGAAUUUACACAUAUUUUGCCUCAAAUGGGUUCUCUUAUGGAUCUUCCCAUCAGAACUGGAAAUCCAUCAAGAGCUUCUGUGACACAAACAACCUCAUGUUUAUACCAAGUGUUGGACCAGGCUAUAUAGAUACCAGCAUCCGGCCGUGGAACAACCACAACACCAGGAACAGAGUCAAUGGGAAAUAUUUUGAGACUGCCCUUCAGGCCGCUCUUACGGUUCGGCCAGAGAUAGUGUCUAUAACCUCUUUUAAUGAGUGGCACGAAGGGACCCAAAUUGAGAAGGCAAAGCCAAAGAAAACGGCGACUCGUCUCUAUCUAGACUAUACGCCUCACCAGCCUGACUUAUACUUGGUCCUCACGAGAAAGUGGGCAGAACAUUUCAAUAAGGAAAAAGAGCAGUGGCUGAUGUAAAUGUGUAAUAUAGCUUCACACUGUACAGGUUUUACCAAGAAAAAACAAAACAGUUCAUUAACAAGAAGUUCUUUCUUUGAAAACAAGAUCAUUUGAUGAUGAUCUGAUAUAGACUCCACUAAUCACAGGAGAUUCUGGCAUAAGGUGUACCAAAGAUGUACGUCAUCUAGUACUAACACAAGCUAUAAACAUAAAUUAUGCACUAUCAAGCCUUUAUUCCUUGCAGGUUGUGAGCCUUUCAUAGAUGUGUAAUAUUACCUGCAAUUAUUUUCCACAUGGCAAACUGGAGAAAACUAUUGGUAGGUUUUACAAAUUUAUAAUAUUAUACCUGGGCUGACUUUUAUUGCAUCCAGUAGAGUUCAAAUUAUAAACAAUGUAUCAUUUUAAACACUGGCUUUUUAAAAUCCAUAAUCUACAGACCACAUAAAGUAGAGGGGAUUCCAAAUUAAAUCUGUUUUGUUCUUGAAGCUGAACCUUUCAGAAAACAUUCUGUUACAUAUAUGUACAGAUUCUAUAUAGACUCUAUAAUUUUUUAAUUCUUUACAGAAAGCCAAAAGCAUGCAGUUAUUUUACAUGAAAACCUUUUGAUUUAAGCCUUCGUGUUAUACUCAGAGCUGUUCUCCAAAUUACUUUAAUUCCUUAAUGGAGUUUUUCUGGGGUACAGCUAAAACCUUCCAUGACAAAUGAGUGGGAUUUAUGCUGUAAAGUUAACUUUGUUUGAGACCUUUCAUUUUUUUUGUAACAUUAAAAAUAAACUUUGGAAACUAU